AUGCAAUACUCAUCAGCAAUCCUCGUCUUGGCCUUCGCUGCCACCAACGUUUUCGCCCACGGUGUCAUUGACUCUGUCAAGGGUGCCAACUCAGUAACCAUGCCAGGUCUUUCCGUUGCUGAUGGAACUCCUCGUGAUUGCCCAACCCCAGGCUGUGGAUCUGAGGCAGAUACCUCCAUCAUCCGUGAAAAAGAGAUCGGAACCAGCAAGGCAUCUGCUCUCGGACGCACAGCAACCGGUCCAGUCGACGCCUCCAAGAUGGUCUCCCUCUUCAUGGGAGGCGACGCCAACAGCACCGAAGCCAUCGCCGCCCGCGAAGUCCACUUCGCCAUGAUGCAAAAGCGAUCUCUCGGUGAGCGUGCCGCCAACGGUGGUACCAAGACACCAAAGGGCACCAAAGAAACCGCCGUCAAAGCCGCCGCCGGUGCAGGAGCCUCAGAUGGUCUCCCAACCGCCUCUGACGACGGAACAGUCACCAUGACCUUCCACCAAGUCAACCAGGACGGUGCCGGUCCCCUCACCGCCAUGGUCGACGCCACCUCCGGUGGAACCGACCCAGCAGCCUUCAAGACCGCCGAAGUCACCCAGAACGUCCCAGGUAUCGGUAUCGGUGGUCUCUCGGCCGCCCAGACCAUGGAUUUCCCAGUCGCUAUCCAGAUGCCAGCCGGUAUGACCUGCUCUGGCUCCGUCGGAGGCGCUGAGAACGUCUGUGUCGCUAAGCUCCAGAACGCUGCGCUCGCUGGACCAUUUGGUGGAUCCGUCGCUUUCACCCAGUCAGCUGCUGGAAAGAAGCGUGCUGUUGAGUACAACCUCAGCAAGCGCCGCUUCGCUCGCUCCCUCGCCAACUAA